AGGAGGUGACAAAAUCCUCGUGGGCACCCCCGGUGACGUCACCAUGGAGGGGACAGAAGAUCCCAAUGUCACCGAUGGCCUUGGGGACACUUUGGGACAUCUGAACGAAGCCACCGGAGAUGCCACCACCGUGGUGACGUCGGUGACAGAGUCCCCAGGAGGUGACAAAAUCCUCGUGGCCACCCCCGGUGACGUCACCAGGGAGGGGACAGAAGAUCCCAGAGCCACCAACGGCCUUGGGGACACUUGGGGACACCUCGGUGACGUCCCUGGAGAUGCCACCACCAUUGUGGCACCUGUGACUGUGACCUCAGGAGGUGACAAAAUUUUUGUGGCCACCCCCAGUGACGUCACCAUGGAGGGGACAGAGGUGGCGGCCACACCCAAUGGCCUUGGGGACACUUGGGGACAUCUGAACGAAGCCACCGGAGAUGCCACCACCACGGUGACAUCGGUCACGGUGUCACCGGGAGGUGACAAAAUCCUCGUGGCCACCCCCGGUGACGUCACCAUGGAGGGGACAGAGGUGGCGGCCACACCUGGUGGCCUUGGGGACACUUUGGGACAUCUCAAUGACGUCACCGGAGAUGCCACCACCAUGGUGACAUCGGUCACGGUGUCACCAAGAGGUGACAAAAUCCUCGAGGCCACCCCCGGUGACGUCACCAUGGAGGGGACAGAGGAUCCCAAUGUCACCGAUGGCCUUGGGGACACUUGGGGACAUCUCAAUGAUGUCCCUGGAGAUGCCACCACCAUGGUGGCACCUGUGACAGUGACCUCAGGAGGUGACAAAGUCCUUGUGGCCACCCCUGGUGACGUCACCAUGGAGGGGACAGAGGUGGCGGCCACACCCGGUGGCCUUGGGGACACUUGGGGACAUCUGGACGAAGCCACCGGAGAUGCCACCACCGUGGUGACACCUGUGACAGAGUCACCAGGAGGUGACAAAAUUCUUGAGGCCACCCCCGGUGACGUCACCAUGGAGGUGACAGAAGAUCCCAAUGUCACCGAUGGCGUUGGGGACACUUUGGGACACCUCAGUGACGUCACCGGAGAUGCCACCACCAUGGUGACGUCGGUCACGGUGUCCCCAGGAGGUGACAAAAUCCUCGUGGCCACCCCCGGUGACGUCACCAUGGAGGGGACAAAUGUGGUGACCACACCCAAUGGCCUUGGGGACACUUUGGGACAUCUGGACGAAGCCACUGGAGAUGCCACCACCGUGGUUGGAGUUGUCACCGAACCAUCAGGAGGUGACAAAAUUCUUGUGGCCACCCCUGGUGACGUCACCAUGGAGGGGACAGAAGAUCCCAAUGUCACCAAUGGCCUUGGGGACACUUUGGGACAUCUGGACGAAGCCACUGGAGAUGCCACCACCAUUGUGACAUCGGUCACAGAGUCCUCAGGAGGUGACAAAAUCCUCGUGGCCACCCCCGGUGACGUCACCAUGGAGGUGGCGGCCACGCCCGGUGCCACCAACUGCUCUGGGGACACUUUGGGACGCGUCCCUGAUGUCCUCGAGGCCACCGGAGAUGCCACCACCGUGGUGGCACCUGUGACAGAGUCCCCAGGAGGUGACAAAAUCCUUGUGGCCACCCCUGGUGACGUCACCAUGGAGGGGACAGAAGAUCCCAAUGUCACCGAUGGCCUUGGGGACACUUGGGGACACCUCAGUGACGUCCCUGGAGAUGCCACCACCACGGUGACGUUGGUGACAGAGUCACCAAGAGGUGACAAAAUUCUUGUGGCCACGCCCGGUGACGUCACCAUGGAGGGGACAGAGGUGGCAGCCACACCCGGUGGCCUUGGGGACACUUGGGGACAUCUGGACGAAGCCACCGGAGAUGCCACCACUGUGGUGACAUCGGUCACGGUGUCCCCAGGAGGUGACAAAAUCCUUGUGGCCACCCCCGGUGACGUCAUCAUGGAGGGGACAGAGGUGAUGGCCACACCCGGUGGCCCUGGGGACACUUGGGGACAUCUGGACGAAGCCACCGGAGAUGCCACCACCAUGGUGACAUCGGUCACAGAGCCCUCAGGAGGUGACAAAGUCCUUGAGGCCACCAACGGUGACGUCACCAUGGAGGGGACAGAAGAUCCCAAUGUCACCGAUGGCCUUGGGGACACUUUGGGACAUCUCAAUGACAUUUCUGGAGAUGCCACCACCAUGGUGGCACCUGUGACUGUGACCUCAGGAGGUGACAAAAUUUUUGUGGCCACCCCUGGUGACGUCACCAUGGAGGGGACAGAGGUGGCGGCCACACCCGGUGGCCCUGGGGACACUUGGGGACAUCUGAACGAAGCCACCGGAGAUGCCACCACCAUGGUGACAUCGGUCACGGUGUCCCCAGGAGGUGACAAAAUCCUCGUGGCCACCAACGGUGACGUCACCAUGGAGGGGACAGAAGAUCCCGAUGUCACCAACGACCCCAAGGACACUUUGGGACAUCUCGGUGACAUUUCUGGAGAUGCCACCACCGUGGUGACAUCGGUCACAGAGUCACCAGGAGGUGACAAAGUCCUCGAGGCCACCCCCGGUGACGUCACCAUGGAGGUGGCGGCCACGCCCGGUGCCACCAACUGCUCUGGGGACACUUUGGGACGCGUCCCUGAUGUCCUCGAGGCCACCGGAGAUGCCACCACCAUGGUUGGAGUUGUCACCGACCCCUCAGGAGGUGACAAAAUUUUUGUGGCCACCCCCGGUGACGUCACCACGGAGGGGACAGAGGUGGUGACCACACCCGGUGGCCUUGGGGACACUUGGGGACAUCUGAACGAAGCCACCGGAGAUGCCACCACCAUGGCUGGAGUUGUCACCAACCCCUCAGGAGGUGACAAAAUCCUCGAGGCCACCCCCGGUGACGUCACCAUGGAGGGGACAGAGGAUCCCAAUGUCACCGGUGGCCCUGGGGACAAUUUGGGACACCUCAGUGAUGUCACCGGAGAUGCCACCACCAUGGUGGCCUCGGUCACAGAGUCACCAGGAGGUGACAAAAUUCUUGAGGCCACACCCAGUGACGUCACCGUGGAGGGGACAGAGGUGGUGACCACACCCGGUGGCUUUGGGGACACUUGGGGACAUCUGGACGAAGCCACCGGAGAUGCCACCACCGUGGUGACAUCGGUCACAGAGUCCCCAGGAGGUGACAAAAUCCUCGUGGCCACCCCUGGUGACGUCACCAUGGAGGGGACAGAGGUGGCGGCCACACCCGGUGGCUUUGGGGACACUUGGGGACAUCUGGACGAAGCCACCGGAGAUGCCACCACCGUGGUGACAUCAGUCACAGAGUCACCAGGAGGUGACAAAAUCCUUGUGGCCACCCCUGGUGACGUCACCAUGGAGGGGACAGAGGAUCCCAAUGUCACCGAUGGCCUUGGGGACACUUUGGGACACCUCAAUGACGUCCCUGGAGAUGCCACCACCGUGGUGACCUCGGUCACGGUGUCACCAAGAGGUGACAAAAUCCUCGUGGCCACCCCCGGUGACGUCACCACGGAGGUGGCGGCCACGCCCGGUGCCACCAACUGCUCUGGGGACACUUUGGGAGACCCCGCGGGUGCCACCCCCGAUGUCCCCAAUGACGUCAUCAAUGACGUCAUCAAUGCCACCGAUGUCCCCAACGCCACCAGUGUCCCCAAUGACAUCAUCAAUGACGUCAUCAGCGUCACAAACGCCACCAAUGUCCCCAGUGACAUCAUCAAUGACGUCAUCAACGCCACCGAUGCCCCCGGUGACAUCAUCAAUGACGUCAUCAACGCCACCGAUGCCCCCGGUGACAUCAUCAAUGACGUCAUCAACGCCACCAAUGUCCCCAACGCCACCAAUGUCCCCAAUGACAUCAUCAAUGACGUCAUCAACGCCACCGAUGUCCCCGGUGACAUCAUCAAUGACGUAACCAACGUCACUGAUGUCCCCAAUUACAUCAUCAAUGACGUCAUCAACGCCACUGAUGUCCCCAAUGACAUCAUCAAUGAC